UUUACGCGAUGCAGUUCCGUGCAGCGAUACCGGUAAAUCGCUUCUAAUCGUGAAAUUGCGUGAAUAGUGACAACAUUUAAGUGCCCUCGGUAAUUGUAAGUGCAUUUCCGUUGCAUUUAAUCUGCAGUUUUCGUGAAAGCUCCUCACGCUAUGUCUGACAGCGUCGAAAACCCGGCUGCUGCUGCCGAUGAUGAUGAUGCUACUCCCGUAUCAGCUGACAAUGACAACUUGAUACCAUCAUCACCAUCGUCGUCGUCAUCCAGCAGUGUCAAACCAGAAGCUGCCAGUAUCGCUGCUUCUGCCUCCCCCGCAGUCGAAAGUGUGAGUCCAAUGCCGGGAAGCCGACAGCAGACCGAUUCCCUUCUUACGGAUUCGGAGAAUACCAACAACGAAAAUCGAGUGAUUGAAAUGGAGAGUGCAGCUAAUCCGCCUCCGGUGGAAGAGCCUGCCACUAGUGAAGUAAUCGAAGAUAUCGUCGAAAAAGUGGAAGCCUCUGAAUCUAGUGAAAAAAGUGCGGAAAAAUCCGAUGACAAGUACGCUGAGCAUGUUAGCUACGACGAACAGGGUGAAGCAAUCUAUACUGAUCCGGAAACCAAGUACCGGUACAAGUGGUCGAAGGAGAAGAAUGAGUGGGUUCCAUUUGAUAGUGAACAUUAUCGGUGGUGUCUGGACAGUGAAAAGUGGAUUCCGAAGGACAAUCCCAAAGAGACGGAACAUUACCGGUGGUGCGAGGAGACGAACCAGUGGAUUCCGAAGAUGGAGCAAUCCCAGGAGGAGCAGCAAAUCUACAGCGAUGAAGAUGGAGUUUACCACUAUAGGGAUAAGGAAGGGAUGGUGCAUUUUUGGGAUGUAGAGAAGAAGGCUUGGUUCCCGAAGGUGGACGAUGAUUUCAUGGCAAGGUACCAGUUGAAUUAUGGUUUUACGGAUAACACUUCUUCCGGUGAUGGGGGCGACGAUAGUGAGAAUUUUACAAAAGUAGAAUCCGGAAAACCGUCCGAAACGGAAGAACCGGCUGAGGUGGAAGAACCGACUGAUACGGAAUCCCUGGACGAAGCUCAUAUGAAAGCUCAGGGUAAGAAGCGGAAAGCACCGCCGGAACCACCCAAAUGGUUUGAACAGAAACCGGAGCACAAUACGAAGGUUUACGUGACGAAUCUUCCGUUGGACAUAACGGAAGAGGAAUUCGGCGAGGUAAUGUCCAAGUGUGGGAUGGUGCUAAAGGACCCCAGAACGAACAAGCUGAAACUGAAGCUGUACCGCGAUUCGAACGGGAUGGUGAAGGGCGACGGAUUGUGUCAUUAUAUCAAGAUUGAGUCGGUCGAUUUGGCGCUCAACAUUUUGGACAAUUAUGACAUCCGUGGGCACAAGAUCCACGUCCAGCAGGCCGAGUUCCAACUCAAGGGCGAAUACAACCCGGCACUGAAGCCGAAGGUCAGAAAGAGGGAGAAGGAGAAAAUCCGCAAGAUGCAAGAGGCAUUGUUCGACUGGCGCCCGGAGAAGAUGCGAGGUGAACGCUCCAAGCAUGAGCGGAUCGUCAUAAUUAAGAAUCUGUUCGAGCCGGAGCUGUUCGAGCGGGAGGUCCAUCUGUUGCUCGAGUACCAGAACGACCUCCGGGAGGAGUGCAACAAGUGUGGAACCUGCCGCCGGGUGGUACUGUUCGAUCGGCACCCGGAGGGUGUGGCCCAGAUCACGAUGAGCGACUCGGAGGAGGCCGAUCUGGUGGUGAAGCUUUUGAACGGUCGGUUCUUUGGUAAGCGCAAGCUCACGGCGGCCAUUUGGGACGGUAGAACCAAGUAUAGAAUUGCCGAAACCGAGGCGGACGUCAAUAAGCGUCUGGGCAAUUGGGAAAAGUAUCUGGAGAAGGAGGAAGCAGCGGUGGAUGCAGAGCAACCCACCGAAAACAAACAGCCACCCGCAGAAACACCUCAGGAGGUGGAAUGUUCCAAGGAAAAGGAUGACAACAAAAGCGAACAGCAAAUUACUGUCGCGGCGGCGGCGGCGGUGGAGACGGAGGAAAGCAAACCGUCCGGCGAAGUUGAACAACAACAACAACCACCGAAACCGCAACCGUCAUCGGCAGAUACCGACGACGACGCCGACGACGAAUCACCAACAGUGGAAAUCAACUGAAAUCAUGUUUGAUUUACAGAGAAUUGCAAAAAUUUAAAGGUUCAUUCUAAAAUAAAACGGUACUCCCGCCGAA